UUUCUUCAUUCAUAUUUCCAGUACCAAUUCAUGUCUUAAUUGGUCCUUCUGUUUCGUUAGAGACUUCUGCCGGAUUCCGGCAAAUCAAAGCCGUUUUGGUCAUGUACUGGGCGGUGGCGGUGGUGAUUUUGCCGAUGUUGGUUUCUUUUAGUGAAUCCAAAUGUGAUGAGUUCAGUGCAAUUUUCAACUUCGGAGACUCAAACUCUGACACAGGCGGGUUUUGGGCUGCUUUUCCAGCACAGUCCGGUCCCUUUGGUAUGACCUACUUCAAGAAACCAGCUGGCCGUGCUUCCGAUGGGAGGCUUAUCAUCGAUUUCUUAGCUCAAGCUCUGGGGAUUCCAUUCCUUAGCCCAUAUCUACAGUCAAUUGGGUCAGAUUUCAGGCAUGGUGCAAACUUUGCAACAUUGGCAUCCACUGUUCUACUCCCCAAUACUUCUCUCUUUGUCACUGGGAUUAGCCCUUUCUCUUUAGCCAUUCAGCUAAACCAAAUGAAAGAGUUCAAGGUUAGGGUUGAUGAACUUUACUCCACAGAUGCUCCUGUUUCAGUACACCUGCCUUCUCCAGAUGUUUUUGGGAAGUCUCUAUACACAUUCUAUAUUGGCCAAAAUGACUUCACUUCCAACUUGGCAGCCAUUGGUAUAGAAGGUGUUAAACAUUAUCUGCCUCAAGUCACCACUCAAAUAGCUGGAACUAUCCAGGAGUUAUAUGAGUUAGGGGGAAGGACCUUCUUUGUGCUUAACCUUGCACCUAUAGGAUGCUACCCGGCGUUCAUCGUAGAGCUCCCUCACAAUAGUUCUGACUUGGAUAUGUAUGGUUGCAUGGUCUCCUACAACAAUGCGGUUUCUGACUAUAACAACAUGCUCAGAGAUACACUCCGGCAGACUCGAGAAGCUCUUCCGAACGCAUCCAUUGUAUAUGUUGACAUACAUUCCAUUAUGCUAGAACUAUUCAGACAUCCCACUCUACAUGGACUCAUGUAUGGAACUAAAGCAUGUUGUGGAUAUGGUGGUGGUGCUUACAACUUCAAUCCUAAAGUUUAUUGUGGAAAUAGGAAGGAGAUCAAUGGGAGCAUUGCUACUGCAUCAGCUUGUGAUGACCCACACAACUAUGUGAGCUGGGAUGGGAUACAUGCUACUGAUGCUACUAACAAGCUUGUCACAUGGGCCAUUCUCAACGGUUCUUAUUUUGAGCCUCCUUUCCCCAUUUAUGAGAUUUGUGAUCUGGAACCAUUUGAUUAAGUAAAUCACUUUUUUUUUUAAGGAAAUAAUUUUAUUGGGAUGCAAAUAAAUCACUAAUUUUACAUCAUGCAAGUUUAA